CAGUGGUACGUCCCGGUGUGAGUCGGCUGCGUGUAGCACCGCCCCUCUCUAUUUUCUCAACUCCCCCCUCGCAAGGGCAGUGGUGCGGUCCGGCAUUGCCCAGCAGCCUCGGCCGCCGCUACCACCGCGUAGUUAAGGGCUGCGUCCGUCUCGCCUCCUUCCUCGUCUCCCCCCAUUGUUGAGGCACAAGUGGAAGAGGCUGCCUCUGCUCGGAACCAGCUCCCGUCACCUCCCCGCUCUCUCUCGCUUCCUUCGCCCCGCUGGUGUAUGAGUGAUUUAUAACCGCGAGCCCCGCCAUGUCCACGCCGGCCCGGAGGCGCCUCAUGCGGGACUUCAAGAGGCUGCAGGAGGAUCCCCCGGCCGGAGUCAGCGGAGCCCCCUCGGAAAACAACAUCAUGGUGUGGAAUGCGGUCAUCUUUGGGCCAGAGGGAACCCCAUUUGAGGAUGGAACUUUCAAGCUUACCAUAGAAUUCACGGAAGAAUAUCCAAACAAGCCACCUACUGUUAGAUUUGUGUCUAAAAUGUUUCAUCCGAAUGUCUAUGCAGAUGGUAGUAUAUGUCUGGAUAUUCUUCAGAAUCGUUGGAGCCCUACCUACGAUGUAUCAUCCAUCUUAACAUCCAUACAGUCUUUACUGGAUGAGCCUAACCCAAACAGCCCAGCAAACAGCCAGGCAGCUCAGCUAUACCAAGAGAAUAAGCGGGAAUACGAAAAACGGGUUUCUGCAAUAGUAGAACAGAGCUGGCGUGACUGUUGACCUUGGAUGAUGCAAAUGAACACUCUGAUGAGGAAAAUAUAUGUAUGAAGUGUCUGAGUCCUCCUCCUCCUCCUCCUUGCAUCACUGCAUUUACUUGGAAAGCAAAACUAGCUGUCGUGCUGUUGCCACCCACCCUCGCUGGAGCUCUUUCUCUUUGGACAUCAGAAAAGCCACCCUUUGCCAUUCCCCCUUGAGGUCAAAUGUACUGUACUUGGGUUACUUGUAAAAGAAUUACUGAGGCUGAAUUCCACUUCCUGUGGGUCUACCAUCGCCAGUCUUAGGGGCAGUAUUGUGCAUUUCUGUAGUGUACACUUAAGCUUUUAAUUGUAAUUGUGUUAUACACAGUGAUGCUUACGUGUAGCUUGAUUCAAAAAAAAAAAAGAUGUUUAUAUACAAUAUACAUUUUUAACUAUGACUUGAAUGCUGAUCUGUCCAAGGCUGGUCAUUUAACUGCUGGUAUCAACUUCACUGCAUCUGUGAGUACUAUAUGGAAGAACCUACUUCCCCAUGCUGUUUUUCCCUUUCCCCCAGGCCUUUUUUUCCAGCCAUGUGGGUUUUGCAAUACUGGUCCCAUGUCAAGCUUGGGGUGGGGUGGGGUGAGGUGGGGGGAAGAGGGUUGAUCUCUGCUUUCACAGGUCAGGUGCAAGGUGAUUGAUUGGUGUUGUGAGUGGACACAAACACAAUACGUGCUUUCCGUAGCACUUUCGAGGGUAUUGGAACAGCUUAGGUAUGGCUGCAGUGGGUACAGAACAGGAGUUGGCAAUUAAUGGCUAAACAGUGUGUAAGGAAAAACUAAAACGCUUCAAGAACAUUUUUUUUCCUUCUAUGAUUUUAAUCUCUACCUCUUACUGGGGAAGGAAAUGAGAUUAUUAUGGCUUUGCUUUCUGUCCGGGAGGAAAAAAAUAGGAAGUUUGCAAAUGCUACUGCAGCAUGUCUCUAUUCUCUCUUCCCUCCUCCUGCCCGAUUUACAGAAUUGUUUCACACUUGCAAAAGCAUUUUUUGUGAAGCUCAGUUUGUACUUUAAGCAGCAGUGUGGGAGGGGACCAGUCGGUGUGUUUGUCUGCUCUACCAGCGUCCUCUGUGUAUACACUGAACUCUUGAGUGCAGCUUUGCACAAGUAACCCAUGUAAGAACCUGUACAUUUUUCAGUGACUUGUAAAUAAACGUGUAACCUAAA